CCCGCUCCACAAUCCCACCCUCAAUCGAGUCGCCUGGUGCCUUGUCCCUGUUGCAGAGUGGUGGACGGUUGCUUAGUUUCCUUCUCUUUGAACAUGGUUUAGCCUUGUACACUCUUUGAAACGUCCGACUUCUACAUCAUUGCUACAGCGUCCAGCCUCAGCACACUUUUGCCCUUUGCAGAUCAUCGCAAGCGUCACAAAGUCCGCCAACUUCAACAUUCACCAUGGCGCAGUCCCAGCAACAGCUCAGUCACAAAGAUGCGGCCUUGUUCAGGCAAGUCGUACGCAACUUUGAAAACAAGCAAUACAAAAAAGGUCUCAAGGCUGCCGAACAGAUCCUACGGAAAUCGCCCAACCAUGCGGAUACGCAAGCGAUGAAGGCCCUGAUCAUGAGCCAUCAAGGCCAAACCGAAGAAGCAUUUGCCCUGGCCAAGAUCGCUCUCAACAACAACAUGAAGUCGCAUGUCUGCUGGCACGUGUACGGCUUAUUAUACCGCGGCGUAAAGAACUAUGAAGAGGCUAUCAAGGCAUACAAGUUCGCGCUGCGGCUGGAACCCGACUCCGCGCCUAUACAAAGGGAUUUAGCACAUCUUCAGGUCCAAAUGCGAGAUUACGAGGGCUACAUCCAGAGCCGGAAAAAUAUGCUGCAGCAGAAACCAGGGUUCCGGCAAAACUGGACAGCUCUAGCCAUCGCCCACCACUUAGCGGGAAACUACGAGGACGCGGAGAAUGUCCUCACCACCUAUGAGGAGACGCUCAAGGCAAAGCCGACCCGGUCAGACAUCGAGCACUGGGAGGCGGUGCUCUACAAGAAUUCCAUCAUUGCAGAGUCGGGCGAGCUCGAGAAAGCGCUAGACCAUCUGGAAGCUGUGGGAAAGAAGAGCCCCGAUGUCCUUGCAGUGAUGGAAAUGAGGGCAGACUAUCUAGCUAGGCUAGGUCGAAAGUCGGAGGCCGAAGCAGCGUACGCCGCCUUACUCGAGCGUAACCCAGAUGAUUCUGCGUACUACGAUGGAUAUAUCGCUGCAAAGGGGCUAACCGAUGGUCCGGUAUCAGAGAUCAACAAGGCGUACCAGGAGCUCGCAGAGAGACACCCCAAAGCCGACCUUCCACGAAGGAGGCCGUUGGAUGUUCUGUCCGGGGAAGAGUUCAAGCAAGCUGCAGAUCAAUACCUGCAAAGAAUGCUACGAAAAGGAGUCCCUUCGACCUUUGCUAACAUCAAGCACCUUUACACCGACGACUCCAAGAGGGACACUGUUCAGGAAUUGGUGGAGGGAUACGCCUCCGGGAAAGUACAACCACACACGAAUGGAGCCAAGGAAAAUGGCGACAAGGAAGAAACACGCUUCAGAUCCUCAGUCCUCUACUUUCUCGCCCAGCAUUAUAACUACAAAUUAAGUCGCAACCUCGACAAAGCUCUGGAUUACGCCGAAAAGUGUAUAGCCCUGGAUCCACAAUCUGUCGACUUUCACUCGGUCAAAGCCCGUGCUUACAAGCACAAAGGAGAUUUGACCAAAGCUGCUGAGAUCAUGGACCAAGCCCGCUCACUCGACGAGAAAGACCGGGCCAUCAAUACCAAAUGCGCAAAGUACCAACUGCGUGGCGAUCAAAAUGACAAAGCGCUGGAGACCGCAAGUAAAUUCACCCAGAACCGCACGGGAGGCCCGCUGGGGGAUCUCGUCGAUAUGCAAUGUAUUUGGUAUCUCACAGAGGACGGGCAGUCUUACUUACGCCAACGGAAGCUCGGUCUGGCGUUGAAACGAUUCCAUCAGAUCCUCGGUAUCUUUGACCUGUGGCAAGAAGAUCAGUUCGACUUUCAUAACUUUUCUCUUCGAAAGGGCAUGAUUAGGGCAUACAUUGACAUGCUGCGGUGGGAGGAUCGCUUGAGGGAGCACCCUUUCUUCUCUAGCAUGGCUGUUUCCGCAGUGAAAGCGUACCUACUCCUGUUUGACAACCCGGAUCUGGUCCACGGGCCGAUCAUGGAUGCCGUCAAUGGCACAAACAAGACAGGAGAAAUGAGCGCCGCAGAUCGCAAAAAGGCACUCAAGAAGGCCAAGAGAGAGCAGGAGAAAAUGGAAAAGGCCGAGGCAGAAAAGAAAGCGGCGCUGAAGGCCAGUAAACCAACGCCGAAGGCUGAGGAGGGGGAAACGAAGAAGGAAGAUCCGGACCCCUUUGGUAAGACUCUUGUCGAGACGAAAGAGCCUCUGAAGGAUGCCAUGAAAUUUCUGAGUCCGCUGUUGGAGUUCUGCCCUGACGUCGCAGAGGCGCAGGAGGUUGGAUUCGAGGUGUACUUCAGAAGAAAGAAGUAUCUGCUUGCGUUGAAGUGUCUGCUGGAGUUGAAGCGCCUGGGUGCCAAAGAAAGCGAAGUGAAAGAACUGGGAGCGAGAUUGAGAAAGGCAUUUGAAGAGGGUGAGAAAGAUGUGCCAGAACGAGUCCGCGAGAUUGUCAAGGCGGAGACAGGGAAACUGGUCCAGUGACAACAAGAGCGCCGCGCAUCCAAAGACAUGGUGUGACUGGGGAAGUUUCAUUUCUGUUCUAUAACGCCAACAACCUCGAUUCUAUGUUACGGCCGGAUCAACUCCACCAAGAUGAUGAGGCUGUUUUCGACAACGUUGCACAAAAGUUUCUUGCACUCCUCCGUUGCUGACACAGACAUGGUGGAGCAAAAUGAAUGUUUGAGACAAAGGGAUCACCUUCUUAUUGAAAAUUUCGCCCGUCGUCUUUGUCAUGAUCCUUUUCCGGUGCUGCAUCUGGGGCAACGUCUGCGGUAGCGUUGAUAGGAGUGUGGAUGUGUGUAUCUGGACCACGGCAAAAUGAUGGUGCUACUUUCAGUAGAUACCUCAGUCCUCAAAGCGACAAGAGAUACUGUUAAACGAAAGACCAUUCGCCUUCAAAGUCCCGGGCCAUGAUCUCUGCCCACAUUGCAUCCAAGAUCUAGCAUCCAUGACCUUCUUAGGUACUAUAUCGGGCAGGUAGCUCCAUGUAGACUGGCUUGUCAAAGUGGAACUUAUUGAUAUACCUCCUCUACUCGUAGCUCAGAUAUCUGUAAGCAUGAG